AUGGAGGAAGAUGAGGAGCCCAGUGUGUUCAUUCAGGAAAUCGAGUCAUGCCGGUGUGAGAUCAGUGACAUGCUGGCUGAAAGCACUUUUGGAGCCAUUUAUGAAGGGACCCGGGUGAAGGAUGGAUUGAAGGAUGAAUGCUUUAAAUCAGUGGUUCCCAAACUGGUGUACGCCUACCCCCGGGGCACUUCGGCUGCAGGUGUAAGUCAACCACCCGCUCCGGUUGCCACCAACACAGAUAGCGAUGCAUCGGAGACUACAGCGUCAACUGAGGUUCAGCAGUUCACAGAAAGACGAUCAAAAGGGCGGGCGGCCACCCACAAACCCAACGCCGUGGAGCCGGAGAAACAGACGGACCACACGGUGAAGAUCGCUGGCGUGAUCGCAGGAGCUCUGCUCUUCAUCAUCAUCUUCCUCGGUGUCGUGCUUCUCAUGAAGAAACGAAAACUGGCAAAGAAGCGCAAGGAGACUCUGAACAGCACACGUCAGGAGAUGACGGUGAUGGUGAACUCAAUGGAUAAGAGUUACACUGAACAGGGCACCAGCUGUGAUGAAGCUCUGUCAUUCAUGGACACACACAAUCCCAACACACGCUACCCGUUUGUGCCCACCGCCAUCUUAGUCCCCAUUACUGAUGAGACUCAGACUUUGACGAGCGACACCAGCAGUCUGGUGCAGUCACACACACACACACACACACACUCGCUGCGCAAGCGGGACGCCGUGGACGUGCCGUACCAGACGGGUCAGCUUCAUCCAGCCAUCCGCGUGGCCGAUCUGCUUCAACACAUCACUCAGAUGAAAUGUGCCGAGGGUUACGGCUUUAAAGAAGAGUAUGAGAGUUUUUUCGAGGGUCAGUCUGCUCCAUGGGACUCGGCCAAGAAGGAUGAGAAUCGGAUGAAGAAUCGCUAUGGAAACAUCAUUGCAUAUGAUCACUCACGUGUAAGACUGCAGAAUCUGGACGGAGAGCAGAACUCUGAUUACAUUAAUGCUAAUUAUGUUGAUGGCUAUCACCGACCCAACCACUACAUCGCUACACAGGGACCCAUGCAGGAGACCGCCAUUGACUUCUGGAGGAUGGUGUGGCAGGAGAACACGGCAACCAUCGUCAUGGUGACCAACCUUGUAGAAGUCGGCAGGGUGAAAUGUUGUAAAUAUUGGCCGGAUGACACCGAGAUCUACAGAGAUAUCAAGGUGACGCUGAUCGAGACGCAGCUGCUGUCAGAAUACGUCAUCCGGACGUUUGCUGUGGAGAAGCGAGGAGCCCAUGAGAUUCGUGAAAUCAGUCAGUUUCAUUUCACCGGCUGGCCGGAUCACGGCGUCCCAUAUCACGCUACGGGUCUGCUGGGAUUCGUCCGCAGGGUCAAAGCCAAAUCUCCAACUAAUGCUGGACCAAUCGUGGUCCACUGCAGCGCGGGGGCGGGGCGAACCGGCUGCUUCAUUGUGAUUGACAUCAUGUUGGACAUGGCAGAGAGAGAGGGCGUUGUGGAUAUCUACAACUGUGUGAGAGAGCUGCGUUCACGCCGGGUUAACAUGGUCCAGACCGAGGAGCAGUAUGUUUUCAUCCACGAUGCCAUUUUGGAGGCGUGUCUCUGCGGUGACACUACCAUUCCAGCCAAUCAGCUUCGCUCUGUUUAUUACGACAUGAACCGACUGGACCCUCAGACCAACUCCAGUCCAAUCAAAGAAGAGUUCAGGACUCUAAACAUGGUGACGCCCACCCUGCGCGUGGAGGAUUGCAGCAUCGCUCUGCUGCCGAGGAAUCACGAGAAGAAUCGCUGUAUGGACGUCCUGCCGCCCGACCGCUGUCUGCCCUUCCUCAUCACCAUCGACGGAGAGAGCAGCAACUACAUCAACGGCGCUCUCAUGGACAGCUACAAACAGCCGUCUGCCUUCAUUGUUACCCAGCAUCCUUUGCCAAACACAGUGAAGGAUUUCUGGAGACUGGUUCUGGAUUAUCACUGCACAUCUAUAGUCAUGUUGAAUGACGUGGAUCCAGCGCAGUUGUGUCCACAGUACUGGCCAGAGAACGGUGUUCAUCGUCACGGUCCACUGCAGGUGGAGUUUGUUUCUGCUGAUUUAGAGGAGGACAUUAUCAGCAGGAUAUUCAGAAUAUAUAACGCCGCCCGGCCGCAGGACGGGUACCGUAUGGUUCAGCAGUUUCAGUUUUUGGGUUGGCCGAUGUACCGGGACACACCUGUGUCCAAACGCUCUUUCCUCAAACUCAUCCAUCAGGUGGAUAAAUGGCAGGAGGAAUAUGAUGGAGGCGAGGGCCGCACCGUAGUACACUGCCUGAAUGGAGGGGGUCGCAGCGGGACGUUUUGUGCCAUCAGUAUCGUCAGUGAAAUGUUGCGACAUCAGCGUUCUGUCGACGUGUUUCACGCCGUUAAAACCCUGAGGAACAACAAACCCAACAUGGUGGAUCUGCUGGAUCAGUACAAGUUCUGCUAUGAAGUGGCUUUGGAGUAUCUGAACUCAGGCUAACACAACCAGACUGUGUGUGUGUGUGUGUGUGUGCGUGCGUGCGUGCGUGCGUGUGCGUGCGUGUGCGUGUGUGUACAGUCAGCUUGUAUAUCUUUACAUAUAUAUAUAUACAUUUAUCCAGCUGUGAUGCAUCAAAAUUCAAAUUCAGCUCCGCCCUCUUUUAACCUGCCGAUGAUGUGACAGACAGCUCUCUCUCUCUCUCUCUCUGAAGUGCAGUUUAGCUGAAGAUUGUUUAGAUGUCGUUUUAGAAGGUGUUUGUUAUGUUUACAUGGAAUGAUGUGGAUGUUGUUUCAGAAUCGGAUGAAUUCAGUCAAUGAUAUUUCAGAUGAUCAGACGUGUGUUUGUGAAGCUGACACAUCAGACUCGUUCGCUCUCCAUCAUUGAUCACUGGACGAAUUACGGCGGACACCAUCUCUAGAAACUGUACAGAAACGUCUCAAAAUAAAACUGCAAAUAGAGACUUUUAUUGACUCUGUAAAGAUCUUAUUUACAUGGACGUCAGCGCUGGAUAAACUGAAUGACUGCACAGCCGUUUAGUGAAUAUGCCCUUAUGUGUUACUCUGUCCUGUAAAUUGACUUCACACACCAUAAUAGACCACGGAAUGAUGUAACAAUCAUGACGUCAUCACAUGCUGUGAUCCAAAGCUUUCUGUCUUUACUUGCCUUUCUUUAAUUUUUCAUUUCAUUUUUUAUUUUUGCACACACGUUUUUUAUAUUGUUUGUUUAUACUGUAAAUAUGAAGUCUUGUGUGAUAUUUAUUCAGGACAAUCAUACUGUAAUGAGUUAAAAGUACCACAGACGUUAAUGAGUUCAUAUUGUUUGAAGAAAUAUAUAUACUGUAUUGAUCAAUAAAUGCCUUGUUGUUUAGAACCCACAGAAAACUUGUGUGUGUGUGUGUGUGUCAUUUCAGUUCUGCUGUGCUUGCUUUCUCUGUUUUUAUAAAUGUUUUAUAAAUGAUAUUACACUGGCCAAUGUAUUACAUGAUUUUCGUGCUCUUAAAGCUUUCACUCUUUUGUUUAAAAAUGUGCACUUAUUUAUAUUAUAGUUUUAUUUUGUCACUUUGUUACCUAUCUAUCUGCAGACCUCUGUGGUCACAUGUAUUAUGUGAAAGGUCUGCCUUUGGCAAUAAUUUUCCUGUG